GGGACUUGAGCAGUCUGUUGUUCAAGAGAUCAGCCAAUUGACCGAGUCUUGCUUGUCCAAGCUGCCCAUUAUAUUCAGUUUCUGUCGCGUGCUUUCGAAAUGCGUUUAACACUUUCUUUGCUUAUCUUGGCCGUGGUGAGUGCCGCGACUGGCAUAGACCAGCAGGAAAUGGAGGAGUCCGACUUCUACACGGCCGACGACUUUGAGCCGAAGGAGGGAGGCCUUCGACAGCAGAUGAUGACUUUGUCGUUGAUCAUUCCUGUCAGACCUACCCGACAGACGAUCAUGGAAUGGACCACUUCAACUUCCACCCUCGUUUGCACCAAAUAUACCGACACUCCUUGCGUUGUUCGCACUUCCGUCGUGGAGAGGCCGGAAAGGCCGUCCAGACGUCCUGCUCGACCUGGAAGACCAUCGGCAGUCUCGCCCUCACGAAAAUCACCAUUUGCGAUAGUUGAUGGAGGAAAGGGAAUUAUGAUUGACGAGGACUAUGCCGAUCAAUUCGCUAUUUUACCCUCUCGCAUUCAACGAGUCGAGUCUACCCAGUUGCCAACAUUUUCAGAGCGAGAGGCUCGCGCUGCCGAUCCGCAAUACGUUCUGAUGUACCGCAAUCCGAAUCGAGACAUUGAGCCGGGUUUCCAACCAAACGAUUUAUUCAAGUCCAUGGCCACGCCCAUGAACAGGCGAUUCUCUCGACCCGUCCUCAAUCUGCAACGCCAAUUCUUGCAAAAUUAUUGGUCGGUCACCAGAAGAUCAACCAUCACCGAACUUACCGUGUCCACGUCGACUCCUCUCUGCUCCACGACCGGCUCAAUUCCCCAAUGCGCAAUCAGUGACAACUUUCGGUGUUAGUCUGACGAAUUUAUUUCUAUUUAAAAAAAGCCAUUUUUGAGGUAAAUCCUGCAACGGAAUCAAUUCUGUCUGCAUCCGUUAAACAAAAGAAUGUCGUAUACCCAAUAACAUGACCUCAUCACUAACCCGCCAGUAUAAAGUAUAUUCAAAUAACUGUGCGUGAAUUGUCAACACAUUUCAUAAUUUAUUGUAAACCCAUCAUCCUGCUCUGAAUCAAUUAUAACCGAAAUUGUAUAGUGGAAUUGCACAAUCGUAAUGGCUGGGAAUUUGGAGGUAAUUAUUAUUUUACUGGAAAAGAUUUCAAAUGUCUACUGUAUACAAAAGCACAACCGAA